AAUAAAAAGAGCGGUUCAUAUAUCUGUAAUGUUUUAAAUGCAUUGUGUAUGCAUAACAUAAAAGCAAAAAUUAUCACAGUUAGAAAAUAAAAUGAAUUGCAAAAUUUAUUGUUAAAUUGUGGGCUAGGGAUUUUUAUAUAGUUGCAUUAAAAUUGAGUAUAUAGUUAUGGCUAAGUGGAAGUUAUGCCGUCAACAAUUUGGAGAUGAGCAAUUUGAAUUCACUGAAGGUGAUGAAGUUAGGAUUGGCAGAGGAUUGGAUAACACAAUUACACUUUCAAGUAUAGUAAUAUCAAGAAAUCACUGCUUAAUAAAUGUCAAAAGAGAUGAAGUUACAAUCACAGAUCUUAAGAGUUCUAAUGGCAUAUAUGUUGGGCUUAAAAGGAUACCACCGAACAUUCCAUAUACAUUAUCUGAAGAUGACCUGAUAGGUUUUGGAUGGACAAUUGGAGCUCCAUUGGUAAAAAUCAUGGAUUCAGAAAAAUUUGUUUUUAAGUUGAUUAAGAUUGUAGCUUCUAUUGUUAGUCGUAUUCAUUUUCAAAGUAACAGCGAAGAAGACAUAGAAGUUGAUAGUUCCAUAUCAGAUACAAAAGAAUAUAAACCUGUAAUAAAGAAUGAGGAAUCACCGAAUACCAAAACAAUGUUACAAUUAAAACGUAAAUUAAAUGGUGACAGCAAGAUUAGUGACCUUAAAAAAGAACCAGAUGAUAAAUUUGAUGAUGAUAUAAUUAACAUUAUAUCUGACAGUGAUAAUGAACCAAAAGCACAAGAGUGUUUCAGUAAAAAAAUUAAACUUGAUCCUAUAAUAGAGGACUUAACUAAAGAUAAUAUAAAAACUGAAAAUGAAGACUUACAGUAUGAAGCAUUUAAUGUUAAACAAGAAUACUUGGGAUAUGAUGAUGAUGAACCAAUUCAGAUUGAUAGUGAUAGUGACAGUGAAUCUGAACAGUGGUUUUUACGGUUAUCACAGAGUUCACCUGGAAAACCAUUUACAAAAAUUGAGCAAAGUAGAACAGAUAAAUUGGAUACGAGCAUUGAAGAUAGUUCAUAUAGUCAAUUGGAUGACAUUAUAUUUAAUAAUAUUGAUAAAGAUAAUGAUGAAGAAGACUUUAUUGAUGAUAUCAUUACAAUACCGCCUCAGCUUCCAGAAAUACAACCUAUCACUGAAACAAAAGAAGUAGAAAGUGAAUUACCUUCUCCAAUUUCUUCAAAAGUAGAAAAAAUCAUUGAAAUAGACAUAGUUGAUGGAGUGAGCAUUGAAGAUAAUACUCAUGAACUAGAAGAAGCAGUUGUUCCUUUACAACAAUGUCCUCAAACAACAAUAAAAAAGGCUCAAAUGAUAGAACCUCUGGUUAAACCAAUAAGAAGAAAAUCACAUUAUCAUCCUACAGAAAGUAAAUCACGAAGCAAAUCAAAUGAUAAGAAAAAAUCCAAUAAACAUUCAUCAUCGUCUUCUUCGAAAAAAUCCAUAUCCAACUCACAAAAAGAAGAACGAAAAAAGAAACUCAAAGAAAUUGCAGACAAAGAAAAAGAAGCUGACGAUAAUAACAAAAAAAUUACAAAUAACACAAAUAAGGUUGUAAGUAAUGUUAAAGUUACUACUUCUAACCGAGGCGCGUUUUUAACAGAUGUCAUUAAGGCCACAGUAAAACCUAUGAAAAGAAGAAAUAGCCAAGAAAAAGAGAAGAUUAAGUCACUAACACAAGAAUCGAAAAUAAUAAAUGAACCCUUGCAUUCUCAAAAACUUGUAGACAAAAAUGAUGGCAAUGAAAAAUCUGAUACAAAUGAAUCAAUAACUUCAACUAAAACACCCAAAGAAAAACCUAAAGAGAGCAAGAAGAGUAAAUCACAAUCUAGUACUAAAACAUCCCCAAAAAGCAGUGAAUCAGACUACAGGAUUCCGGCUAGAAGCUUAAAACCUUUAAAUGAUAGUAAAGAAUCACAGUCUGGAAAGCCAGUAUCUAAGGUUGAGCCUCUUCCUCCUAAGAAGCCUGCAAAGCGUGUUCGUUUCUCGAACGCUGAACCUGUGGUACACUUGUUUCAAAUUGAACCUGGAAAUAAAAUGAAUAAAACAAAAUUAGUUAAAACGAGAUUGCUAGACGUUAGACAGAAGCCUAUAUUCUCUUUAGAAAAAAUAACUCUUAUGAAAAUCCUUCGUUGGAAUCCUCAAUGGUUAAAUGAACAAAUAAACACAGCAGAUCCACCUCCAAUUCUGGGUCACAAUAAUCCUCCUAUGGCCAUAUUUCACUCUUUUGACAGCCACAGACAAUAUAUAGGACUUGUCGGAGAUUUACUUCUAAUGGAAAUUUGGGAAUGUAUAACACAGGCAUAUAUGAGAAUACGAAAUCAAAACAAUGGACUCCCAUUAAGAAUUGAGUCAUUGCCGCCCGUACCUCCCCAAGAACGAUACUUUGAUUUAUUUAAUUUGAGUGUAAACAUUUCACUGCCAAAUUCAGAAAUGAAACAUUUACCGAGAGUGGGUGAAAUCAUGAUUGUCGAAUUUGGACCAGAAAAUGCAAAAAUAUGCAGAUUUUUUUUCGUUCAUAAUGUACGAUGUCUGCCGUCUCCGAAAAAUAGCAAAACUUUCAGCUUAUCUCUUUAUGCAACAUUUACUGAUAAAAUGAUGUACUUAAAAUCCGGUGAACUUGUGAUAGGGCGGAAUUUAGCGUAUAUUAAUAAUGAAUUAACGCUAUUUGAAGCUAUGGAAUAUUUAGCUGGCUCUCCCCUUAGUCAAGCAAUUCUUAGACCUCAAACCUGUCACUACCCAACAUACGACACUAUGAUGAAUAUGAAUACACAGUGGACAAAUACUUUAAACCCAAGCCAAAAAUUAGCAGUUAGUCGUUCUGUAUCCGCAGCACUCGGUGAUGAACCCAGCUUACAAAUGGUACAAGGACCACCAGGAACAGGGAAAUCGAGCGUUAUAUGUGCCAUUGUGAUGACUUACUUCUACAAUGCUAUGAACAAAAGACAUCCGGACCGCGGCAAAAUAUUAAUUUGUGCAACAAGUAACGCCGCCGUGGACGAACUAGUAAUCAGGUUGCUCAACAUUAGGCAAAGUUUACCAAAAGAGGAGCGGUUCCGCAUGGUGCGCGUGGGCCGGCUGGAGUCCAUGCACGCGCGCGCGCGCGACGUCAGCUCGCAGCAGCUCGCGCAGCGCGACCACGCGCGCGCGCGCGCCGACUGCGCGCCGCCCGGCCGCGACGAGGAGAUUUCGCACCUAGAAGCGAAGAUAAAUAUGUGGAAAACGCAAGCCCGAGACGCGAAGGACCCCGUGCGAGUAGCCUACUGCCAGGGAAAGGUGGCAAAUCUAGCUGAGAGGAUAAAUUUGUUGCGCGGCGGCGGCGGCGGGGGCGACGGGGAGGAGCUGCGGCCCGAGCGCCUGCUGCACGCCGAGCGCCGCAUCAUAGACUGCGCGCACAUCAUCGUCACCACGCUCGCCAGCGCGCACAACUACAAGAUGAAAGGUUUGAAAGGUCGCAUAGCUUUGUGCAUAGUGGAUGAAGCGGGACAAGCGAUCGAACCGGAGACGCUCAUUCCGCUGACGCUGGACGUAACUCGACUCACGCUUAUCGGAGACCCGCAGCAGUUGCCCGGUUUUAUCUGCUCACAGCGCGCCAAGCAGCACGGCCUGGGCGAGAGCCUGUUCUCGCGCCUGUCGUCGGGCAGCGCGGACGCGCGCGACGGGCCCGUGGUGCUGCUGGACCAGCAGUACCGCAUGCACCCCGCCAUCGCGGACUACCCCAACCGCGCCUUCUACGGCGGCCGAGUGCGCAGCGUGGCGCCGCCCCCGGCCAGCCUCGACCUGCCGCCCUACACCAUGCUCGCCAUCUCCAGCGGCGACAAGGGGCAGGUUCAGUCGGGCGCGAAUGAGAUGGAGGCGUGGGGCGUGGCGCGAGUGGCGGCGGCGCUGGCGGGCGGCGUGCGCGCGCGCAGGCUGUCGCUCGCAGUCAUCACCCCCUACAGCGCGCACCGCGACCUGCUGCGCUCCUGUCUGCGCGCGCUGCAGGACCCGUCGGAGAGCCCGGUGGAGGUGAACACGGUGGACAGCUUCCAGGGCCAGGAGCGCGACGUGGUGGUGGUGUCGCUGGCGCGCAGCCACGGCGUGGGGUUCCUCACCGACACGGGCCGCAUGAACGUCAUGCUGACGCGCGCGAGGCACGCGCUGCUCGUGUGUCUCAACCCGCUCGCCCUCGUGAGAAAUAAUCAAUGGCAGACACUAGUUGAUGACGCACGAAACAGAAGAGUUUACAAAACACUUCCAAACAAAAUAUGCCUACACGCGUCGGCUCGGUCAAUUUCCAGUGCAGAAGUUCUGAAUUAUGUUACAAGUCCGUAAAUGAGGCUGUUACUUUACUUACUUAAACCGUAAAUAAGGGACACGCCUCUUUACUAAAAUUUAGUGAUUUCUAAUCAAUUAAAUUAGUUUUAUGGCAUUUAUCUUUUACAACAUGCCACCAUAGCUUUACAUUUAUUUUAGUACUCGUCAGUAAUAGUAAGAUAAUAUAUAAUAAUACGCCAACAAUACCUUCCAGUAAGUUAGUAAUGUAAUAUUUGAACAUACCAUUUUAAAAUGCUUAACUAAUUCAGAACAAUAAUAUAACCAUACUUGUUUACAAAAAAAUAAUACCAAGUUAGACUCUAUGUAUAUUUUAUUAAAAACUAACCAGUAAUGCCUCAAGCAAUUCCAAUAACAUUUAGUUCUUCUCAUCUAGAAAAAAUAAUAAUGAUGCCUCGUUCCACUUCCCCUAAAAUUCCUAUAGUAUAGCCUAUUUUAAUCGAAGACAGAGAAACAUACCAAAACUGGGAUUGAUAUAUACCAUGCGAUUUACUGAUACUACUACAUCCUAAACUACAAUUAGUUCUUCAUUCAAAACAUUCCUUAAUGAAUGCUACAGAUAAUUUAAGAUCUCGACACAUGCACGUCAAUAAAUGAAACCUCAAUUCUAUA